UUCGAAUUCAAGAGCAAAUCCUGGGACCGUGAAUCAGAAGUUUAGGUUGUGCACGUUUAAAAGUUGAAAGUGAAUACAGGAAUAGGUAAUGGUGCUGGUUUCCCAGCUUCAGCCAUGGCUGUAUGAUUGGAAACGGUGGAGCGACUUUGACCAAAUAAGUAGUUGGAUUUAGAAACGAUUUUGAGACUGAUUAUAUACCGACUCCAUCUACGUAUUUCACAAAGCUCACAAUUGAAUCAUGUCGGAUAAAAGGUCUCGUGAUUAUGAUUACACAUCAUCAAGUGAUAUUCUCAACAGAAAACCAAGCAGAUCAUUCAGCAUGAAAAGUCAAAAACCACCUGAUGUAAAGUUGAGAUCCGUUCUUUCGAAAGCCAUCUCACAUUUUGAUCGAACAACAGAUGAUAAUGCCAGAGCAAAAUAUAUAAAGGAAAUACAUGAGGUAGUGGAAGCAGCAUGGCAGUUGCCAGUUAUUGGCCGUGAUCUUGCCUAUGAGAUAGGCGAUACUUUAAGAAGAGAAAAAAUUGUUUCAUUUCUUGUAAAUAGUUUACAAUUAGAAGCUGCAACUCCCACUUUACAAAGAGAAUGUGCUCGAUUGUUGAGCCAGAUUUUAACGACUGAUAACAGGCACUACAUUUCAAAGAAUGCUCUUGAAAUUUUAACAAAAUAUACAAAACAAAAAGAAGAUAUUGAUAUUAUCAGAAUAAAUGUCAGCAUACUGGAAUCUUUGUUUAAGGAUUCAGAAGCCACAUGCACAAGACUGAUUGACAUGGGAGCAUUGGAUACAGUUGUUCACGCUUGUCGACACGAUGAUUUAUGGACAGCUCGCCAUUGUGCUGCUGCUCUCGCUAAUGCAGCUAUAUAUGGGGGAAGCAUUAACCACAGAAAAAUGGUUGUAAAAGGAGCUCCUGAUUGGCUAUUUCCUCUUGCAUUCCGUACUGAUGAUUUUUGUCGAUAUUAUUCCUGUCUUGCUGUGACGGUACUUGCUGCUAAUCCUCUCGUUGAGAAAGCUGUUUUGAAAUCAGGAACAUUGGAACUAGUGGAACCAUUCGUUCAAUCCCACGAUCCUUAUGAGUUUGCACAAUCUAAUCCUUCACACGCUCAAGGUAGAUCAGCAAGUUUCCUUCAACGAAUGAUUCCUUUACUCAUCUCUGGAAGACCAGAAGCACAAGCACUCGCAUCGUUUUAUUUUGCGAUGGAAGCCAGUAUAAAAGCCAAGCAACAGAAAACACAGAUCCCAGAGACAGCAUUUUUGAUAUUUUCUGAAAUUGCAGCAAUCAUUCCAUUGAAAAGAGUUAUUGCCACAUCACGUAGCAGUAUCGCAAGAAUACUGGCCGGAAGAUGUCUCAAGAUCAUAGGAGAAGAUGUACCAAGAAAACUAAGCCCACAAAUUCAUCUGUGGGAUAUGGAAGAUGUCCAGUCGUGGCUGACCGUUGCUGGUUUUCGAGCUUUUCACGCAUCGUUCCGAGCUUCUACUGUUGAUGGUGAAAUGUUAUUGCUUCUAACAGAGAGAGAAUUGAAAGAAGAUUUGAGCAUGGCUAAUAACGUUCACAGAAAAAGAUUUAUCCGGGAUUUGAAUCGUCUUCGUGCUGGAGCUGAUUAUCGCUCAGUCGAUACGACAGGAAUAUGUGAAUGGCUGAGACAAAUCGAACCAAAGUUUGCUCAAUACACAUACAGAUUUUUACAAGCUGGUGUCGAUCGUUCGUUUCUACCCAUAAUGACUGACGCUCAUUUACGAGAUGAUUGUGGAAUUGAUAAUGGAGUACACAGAACAAGAAUAUUGGCAUCUAUACAAAAUUUUGACAAUAACACAGUAGUAGAUGAGAUGGGACAAGCAAUAUCUACAGAUCACGACGUUUUUAUAAGUUACAGAAGAAACAAUGGAUCUCAUCUUGCAAGCCUUCUCAAAGUUCAUCUCCAAGUUCGAGGCUACAGGGUAUUUCUAGAUGUUGAUAGUUUACAGGAAGGUGAUUUUGCAGAUCGUACCUUGAAGAGUGUGAAGUCUGUUACAGCAGGAUUUAUAUUAAUAUUGACUGCUGGUGCUUUGGAUAAAUGCGCUAUCGAUCAUGAAGGAACCGAUUGGCUGCACAAGGAAAUUGUAACUGCAAUAGGAAACCGAAGAAAUAUAGUCCCAGUCACCACAGAAACAUUCCAGUGGCCUCUACCGGAAGAUCUGCCGCAAGAUAUUGCUCCUAUUUGCUUUUAUAAUGGAGUAAAAUGGAUUCAUGAAUACCAAGAUGCAUGUGUUGCAAAAAUUGAUAGAUUUCUAAAAGGACAAGAUCCUCCUAGCAGUAAACUAUCUCGCAUUGCUUCGGUCCAAAGUGGUAGAAGCGGACUUGGGAUGUCACAGAAGCGUAGAUCUGCACAUCCAAAUAAUACAGUACGCCCGAGUGGUAGCUCAGAUAACUUGAUGGACCAAGACAGAAUUCCUAGACCCAGACAAAGAGCUUCUCCACCGGGUCAAGCAUCAAGUCUUCUUGGUGCAACAGCACCGACAGCAAGAAGUAAUGUGACGACAGGUGCACAAUCAGAGAAUGCCAGGAGCAUGGAUCAGGGUGACGGGGCAUCUGCCCCAUUCGAACAAGGAUCAAAACAAAUGCAUGCAAAUAAAUAUCCCAGCCCAAAUAAAGUGAAAUCUCCUGUUAAAAAGUCAUCAGACGGUAAUAUAAAAAAAUUAGCGAGUCCAAGUGGAGUUUCCAGUUCAUCCACUUCUACAGCUUCGUCCAAAAAUAUCUCGGCUGGGUCAAAGGGCAUUAAGAAAGAUAUUGUACGAUUGGACGAUGUAAUGUCAGGAGAUCGAGACCGUUCUCGUGAAAGUGACAGCGAAUCAGAAUAUUCAAGUACGACUGGAAGUGAGGAAUGGGAAUUAGAAAACGAACCUAGAAGUGGAGCUGACGGAAAGAGCAAACCUGACACUCAUCCUAAACCAGUAAAAUCUCCUCCAGCAAAUGCUCGUACUGUUGUAGCACAAGUUGAAAAAAGUUCAAAUGGUAAUAUAGGAAAGAUGGAAAAAAUAGGUGCAAAAAAGUUGCAGGGAUUGCAAGAAAAAAAAUCACCUACGAAACAAACAUCACCAGAAAACAAGCCAAAACCAUCAUCAAAGUAUAAAGCACCACCGCCACCCCCUCCUACAUAUGAUUCUGUGACAGCAGCAACUGUAUCGUCGCCGGUGCAUGAUCCCCCUCCACCAAUCGAAACACCAGAACCAAGGCCACGCCCCACUAUUACACCACGCCCUAAAUCAGCAGAACCACCAAAUAAAGAUGCACCGCUUACCGCAAGAUCAGAACCUGGGAAAACAGUGUCGCCGAAGGGCAGUGUUUCCAAUGGAAUUGAUAGGAAACCAACUCUGAAAUCAGCGACUUCUGUCCCGAAUGUUGCAGAGAAAAAUGAACCGGUAUUGAAAACAGGUGUUCCUAAACAACCAUCUGCUAUUCCAAGAGACGAAUCGCCUAAUAUGGUUCAAAAACCACCGAGAAUGGUUGUGUCCAAAGAAACAGCACAUGAACCACCUGCAAAUAAAGCAAAAAGUGCUGUCGAAAACAACAAAAAAACAUCGGAAAUACCUUUUGUGGAUGACAGGUCUGAUUCGGAAUACUCGGAUGAUAGUAAUUUAGACGAGAUCGAUAACAACAGCCAUUCGAAUGAGCGGCGAACAAAUGCAGAUGGAAUCGAUGGCACCUCAUCUAGAAGUUUAUCAAGAACGUCAUCUUCGACUCCAUCUGAUCUAAGUCAUUCUGCAACGGAAGUGAUUGUUCCACUCAAAACGUCAAAUUCGAAUAAUAACAACAAUAACGCUACACAGAUAAAUGGAAUGAAAAACACCAAGCCAGAACCGAAACCUAUGUCGAUGAAAGAUCGCAAUACAAGACAAAAUGCCGGAUCACAAACCACCAAUCAUUCUAAAUCCUCGAACAGCACUCGAUCGACUCCUCUCAGUCGCAGUUCUCAUUCUGUCGGCUCAGCUGAUACACAUUCACCACCUAGGUCGCCGACGAAGACAGCGCCACCCGGGACAGGCAAACCAAUUGCUAGAAGGGACAUUGCACCUCCGUCUGUACCAUACCAACCCAAAAGAUCAGCAUCCGAGAGGUUGCAAGUCACAAGACCACCCUGCCCUGGAUACCCCAUGGGGCAUUUUCACUCUAUGGGACCAACACCGCAGCACCAGCAUCAUCACCCACCUCAGAAUGUAGCGGGGUACAAUAUGGAACAAUAUAAAGCCGCAAUGGCAGCCUCAAUUAGAGCUCCUUACCCAGGACACCAGCAUUAUUCGCACGCUCCAACCCAUACACAUCCUAAAGCAAGACCGGGGCCUCCAGCUCAUGGCUUUGAUACUGCAGUUUAGAAUUUGAAUACAAAUUAAUGUUGUGAUAAGCAUGAAACAGACAUUACCUCUUGCUUAAUAUAUGGAUGCAACGACUAAGUCAUCGGCGGUACUUGAACCUUUCUUGUAUGCAGGCACUUCAGAGAAAUAUGGAAUGCAACAAGUCAUUUUACGGCGUUGGAAACAAGAGUUUGAAUGGGGUCAAGAGGCAGUCAACAAUUGAGCUAAAUUGGAAAUACAAUAUAAGCCAGUUUCACAGUUUUAUUCUGUAAUGUUGUAUGUCUUUGUAUGGCUAAUAAAUCUUAUAAGCUAAAGCUGUAAAAUAAUAGCAUGUGAAUAAUGUGCCUAUUGUCCAUAGACAAUAGGCUAUAUAAUAAGCGGAAUGAAUAAACAGCUUGCUGUGUAUUAAAGUGAUUUUUCUUAAACCCAUGAAUAAAUAUUGAUGACAUGGAUUGCUAUUGUAGAUUCAAGUAAUUGCUUUGGUAACAAAUCAAAAAUCCAGGAUAUCCUGUGCUCUUAUUCAUUUUUAAAAUUUUAUUGUAUUUUGAAGUAUCUGCUAUUAAAGUUGUUGAUCAUUUCACAUUUUUAAUAUCUACAGAAUGACUUGUAAAUUGACUCUAACUGUAUAUAUCAAACGCUGUCUGGAUAAUUUUUUCUUUCCAAGAUUAAAAACUGUUAUUAUCAGUUCAUACAUUCAUUACAGUCAAAUGUAUACGAUUCAAUAUAAUAUUAAUUGUGAAUUGCUCUGAAUUUUAUUUUUGCAUGCUUAUUGUGAAAGUUGCCAAAUCUGGCAGUUUGACAAUCAUGUUGUAUAUUUGUUCAAGGUAUAUAUUGUAUAAAACAAUUGUAAUCUGUAGAUGAUUGCAUGAAAUAUUUGUUAUGCACCUGUUGUUUUUACUUAGCAUUGUGAUUAUUUUUAUGUUUCUGUCUAAAUCAAGGAGCAUUGUCUCUACUAGAUAUUCUAAUGUUUUCUAGGGAAGUCCAAAAAAUUUGGUUGAAAUGUAAUAUUUUGACAACGAUAACCAUUCUGAGUUUUCUUUCGGAUAAUGAAAUUAUGAUUUACAUCCUCUUUAUUAUUAUCAACAAGGAUGGUUAUAUUUCUGAAAUUAAUAAAAUCAUUGGAAAAAUAAAGAAUCUGAUAACGCAAUAAAGUUUUAUCGAUUGCGAUAUGUUAAUACAUUUAAUUAUAUUUGAAAUUAAAAUAGUUUAGUUUUAUCGAAAACUGAAAUUUUAACCGGCCUAACAGAAGACAUUAACUGAACUGAAUUGAAUAUAUUUGAAAUAGGUUAUAUUUGAUAUAAAUAAAUAAUUUACAUUAAUUUCAUUUUAAAAAUCUGUCAUUUGAAGCAUACGAUGUCAGAUGAUUGGACAUAUAGUAGGGAUCAUUUUACUUGGAACAGCAUAAAAAUCAAUUAACACAAUGCUCAAGUAUUCCGCAUUACCAAGUUAAACGCAUUGAUUUACGUAAAGUCUUAUAUUGAACGACCCAAUUUCGAAUAGUAUUCGAUAUUCCUGGUCUAAAACUACUGUUUUUGCUAUAGUGGUUUUCAUAGUUUAGGAAGCACUAUUUGAUAAAAAUUAUUUUUUGCUGUACAAUAUUAUAUGUAUUGAUUGGGCAAAAAUCAAUUCCAAAGCACACUUCUAGAAUAUGAUAAUGGUCAUCCUCAAUGCACAUUUCUAAAAAAUAAUUCCAGUUACUGAGUAAUACAUUUGCUGAGUAUCUGUUGUUUAUACAUGUAAUGUUUGGCACAAAGGUAUUUAUUUCCAUUAAAUUACGUUGACAUGUGUAUGCUUUUUUACUAAGAUUCUCACUAUAUCUCAAUGUUGAACUGGUGCAUUUGGUUGAAAUUUAUACAAUUUAUAAUUGGAGUAUUUCGAUGGUACAUAUAUUAUUGUUGACUUGUUACAGAUGAAAAUGACAAGUGAUAUAAAUUUUGAGGUACUAAAUUUUAUCAUGAAAAUGUUCUCAAGUUUCUGAAACCGAAUCUUGUCUAAAUUACAUUCUUUUUAGUGAUUUUAUCUAUAUUUUUAUUUUUGUAGUGUUUGAUGAUGAAAUAUUACUGAUUUUUUAUUAUCAUAAUUUUUGGUGCUUGUUCUGGUGUUGUAUUUAUGACUGAGGUAAAUAUUUGUAACCCAGCUUUUUAUUGUAGUAAUAUUUUAAUAUGGAGAAUAUAUAUAAAGCGGUACAUUGUUAAAUGAAUACAAAAUUUUAGAUUUUUUGUAAAUUUUUCAAAAAUGUGUUUUGCUUGAAUACAACCAAGCUUUGGCGUAAAAUAUUACUUUUUUUUAGUAAGGCUAUAAGUAAGGUCUAAAUAACAUGAUUAAUGCAUAGUUAUGCUGCAUAUUUAUUCAUUGUUGAAUAGUAGGUCUUUCAUGUAAUGUUUUGUAACAAAGAGUAGUUUCGACGAAGGAUCAAAUGCCACCGAACAAAUGUAAAAUUUGUUGAAGAGCCAUAUAACAAUAUAUUUAGUUGAACAAAUACUAGCCUGUAGCGCUAUGAUUUUAUUUAUCGCCCAUUUAAUUUUGGGCUAUAUUAUUCUGAAUAUUCAAGUUUCGUUUUACAUAAUCGUGUAUAAAUCUGAUCAACUGAAAUUUUUAUUGCCACAUUUUUCUUGCACCUUUAGUAUUUUACACUUGAAUAUAAUGUGAUAAAACUA